GGAGAGGGCAGCUGUAGCCCCUCAAGCAGCAGACGCAAAGGAGGAAGGUGUUGACUCUGAAUUGCAGGUGGAGAUGGAAGAAGAAAAAAACCCACAGAUUCUACAUGUGGGGAGUAUCAGGGAGUUGCAAAACAUGGCAUCUCCCGGCCAGAUUAAAAGAGAACCGGAGGAAGAGCUGCAACAGUCUUGGGAAAUCCAGUGGCAAGAGUUCCUCAGGAUGCUUCAAGCUCCUUGUUCAGGAUGGGAGAAGAGAAAGGUGUUGGAGGAACCCAGGCCCUGGGAUGAUGCCAAAGCUUUCUUGGCCUCCUUUGAGCAUGUGGCGUCAACGUGCCGGUGGCCUCGGGACAAAUGGGUGACCCUCCUCUUGCCGGCCCUCAGUGGGGACACCAGACAGGCCUUGGGGUCCCUCAGCACCAGAGACAAAGGAGAUUAUGAGAAGGUAAAAGCAGCCAUCUUGGAAGGAGAAGCCACGCUGAGGGAGAAGCAGCGCCAGCAUUUCCGGCAGUUCUGCUACCAGGACACAGAAGGGCCGAGAGGCGUCUACAGCCACUUACGGGAGCUUUGCUGCCAGUGGCUGAGGAUCGAGAGGCACUCGAAGGAGGAGAUCCUGGAGCUGCUGAUCCUGGAGCAGUUCCUGACCGUCCUGCCUCAAGAAAUGCAAAGCUGGGUCCGGGAUCGGGGUCCGGGGACCUGCACCCAGGCCGUCCUGCUGGCGGAGGAUUUUCUUGCAAAGCAGAAUGCGGUGAAACUUAAAGGAGAGGUGCCCGAAUCCUUGCAGGAAGUGGCUCCGACUUUGUUCACGGCCGAUGGGAGGCCACCAUCAGAGGCUUGGAACUUUGGCGUGGAGGUUAAGCAGCAGUGGGAAGGAGAGGAGAAGUCCCUGGUUCCUGCAGGUGAAGGGCAGGUGUAUACGGGCCAAAUAAACAGUCGUCAUCCAUCCAGUUCAGUGCAGCAGGACCUAAGAUGUACAUCGCUGGAAGGUGGCCGUUUGUUCCAGUAUUGUAACGAAGGAACCAGUCUCGAGGUUCAGCCGAGACCAGAGAGUAACUGGAGGACUAAACCAGAGGAUGCUAGGGAAGUAUCCCUUCCCAGGGAUGAAGAAGAUGGCUCCUGUCAAGAAGAAACAAGAGCCUGUAACCAAAUCCACCAUUGUCACUGUGGGCAGACCUUCAAAAUCUGUGCGUGCCUGAGAGUACAUGAGAGAAGUCAUACGGGAGGCCUGUCGUGCUCGUGUCCUGUGUGCCAGAACAAAAUGGCCAGUGUCUCUCACCUUACUGCGCAUGCGAGAAUCCACCCAGGCGGUGAACUGCACAGGUGCUUAGAAUGUGGAAGAGACUUCUGCAGCUCGGCCAAACUUAGGGAGCACGAAAGGAUUCACACUGGAGAGAAGCCCUAUCAGUGUUCCAUGUGCCACAAGAGGUUCACUUUUACCACCAACCUCAUUGCGCACGAGAGGAUUCACACCGGGGAGAAGCCCUACAAGUGUUUGAAAUGUGGGAAACAUUUCCGCCAGAAGGGAACGCUCAAAACCCACGAAAAUACUCACCUGGUAGAAAAACCAUAUAGAUGCUCCAAAUGCGAGAAAAGUUUCCGCCAGAAGGGCGCCCUCACGCAGCAUGAAAAAAUUCACCUGGCAGAAAAUGUGUAUACAUACAUGAAGUGUGGGAAGUUUUUGCCGGCAGGAAAACCUCACAACACAUGAAAAGAAAAAAUACCUAGAGGGAAACAGUGCAAACCUUCGGAAUCUGGGAGAAAUUUCUUCGCCUACUGUCAGUCCCGUGAAAAAAUCAGUAAUACAGAGAAACUUUGUAUGUGCUUGAAAUGUGAGAAAAUUCAGGAGCCGUUUGCUGCACGUGGAAAAUCCACCUUCAGAGAGAAAUAGGAAGGGUGUUUGAAAUGUGGGAUAUAUUUUUGUAGCUCUGCUCAACCUUAAGAGCCCCUGAGAGAAUUCACACUCAAGAGUUUUAGUACAAAUAGAAAUAGUCAGGUAGCACCUUAAAAGACUAACUGUUUUUUUAUUUUUCAUAAGCUUUCUUGUGUCUAGUCAUGCUUUUUUGCCUUAAGUGUGCUUAGAUGCAUGAAAGCAUAUGAAAAAUAAAAACUUGUUAGUCUCUUAGGUGCUACCUGACCACUUCUGGUAUAAAUUCCUGUACUAGCAGGAUUCCUGUGCAAGAACUGGUUAUGGUGAAGAAGCAUUGAUGAGCAUUCCACAUGUCAGGUACACAAGGGGAAAAAUUAAAGUCUAAGAAAUCAACCGGAUCUCUAUGGGAGAAUGGGUUCCAUGUGAGCCUUUUUCCAUCUGACAUUGAGCAAGCCCGCACCUGGAAAUGGGCGAAGGUUCUUAAAAUCUGUCAGGACAGAUUUUCAAAGCCUGCAAUAUCACCAUGGUGAAAUUAAUAUAUUAAGUGCAAGAUCGGAGGUAAGGUAAAGGUAAAGGUUCCCCUUGACAAUUUUUGUCCAGUUGUGUUCGACUUUAGGGGGCGGUGCU